AUGAGAUCCGUAAAAUGCGUCAUUGUCGGUGACGGUGCUGUUGGUAAGACAUCUUUGCUGAUUUCUUAUACCACGAACACAUUUCCGCAGGAUUACAUUCCAACCGUGUUUGACAACUACACGACGACAAUUGCGCUCCGAGAUCCGAAAACGAGCGAGCCACAAGUGUUCAAGCUCAACUUGUGGGACACCGCUGGCCAGGAGGAGUACGACCGGCUGAGACCGCUGUCGUACCCGCAAACAGACGUGUUUUUGCUGUGUUUCAGUGUGAACGAGCCCAACUCGUUCGAGAAUGUCAAGGACAAGUGGUUUCCGGAGAUUCGACACAACACGAACUACGAGAACAUGGAGCUGUUCCAGCAGUGCGGCAAGUUCCCGAUUUUGCUUGUGGGCACAAAGGCAGACCUGCGUGAGGAAGAACACGAACAGGACCGGCUUAGAGAGCUGAACGCCGAUUUCGUGUCGAAAAGCCAGAUCGACCAAUGCGUGGCUCAUUGCGGGUUUAUGGGCUACGUCGAGUGUUCUGCUGCGACGCAGGCCGGUGUUGCUGAGGUUUUCGAACGAGCUGCACAAUGUGCCGUGACCGAGCCCGAAAAACUGCUCGCGCAAAGCAAACAGCAAGAAACCAAGAGUGCGAACCCGGCCAUCCACGAACGCAAUGGCGGUGCGGGCAAAAACUCUACGGUUGGCGCAGGCGCUUCUACGAAAAAUACGGGCUCUACUGGAAUUGCCAAGAGGGUUAAAAAGAGAAGAUCCAAUAAAUGCACCAUUUUGUAG